CAGAUCAAACAAACAUAUCUCAGGGAAUUCAAGUGUCUCAGAAGAUACUACUGAACAAAACACCAGUCAUGUCUGGAGUCAAAGGUGGUCGUAGCCAGUGCCAGCAGAAGACUUACUGCCCAGAUCCAUGCCAGCCACAAAUUUUCUGCAAAGAUCCAUGCCAGAAACAGGUUGUGUGUAAGGAUCCAUGCCAACCACAAGUUGUCUGUAAAGAUCCAUGCCAGCCACAAGUUGUCUGCAAAGAUCCAUGCCAGCCUCAAUUUGUCUGUAAAGAUCCUUGCCAACUAACCAUGUGUCAUGACACCUGUCAACCUGUCCAGCAUUACCAUUGUAAGACUGUACACUGCCCCCAAAAAGUUCACUGUGACCCUUGCCAUCCUUGCCAGUGCUAUGGAAAGCACUGAGUAUUCCCACCUUUUGAGCCAGGCCUGAGAUUUUCAUCAGUCCACCAAAUUCCUUCAAAUCUUUCAGUACUCUUUCUUUAUCUUGUCAUAAUGGUGUUAGUACCAAAUUGCUUAUCUUCUAGAUUUAUCUGUGGUUACUGUUCCAUUAAAUUAUCUUGGCACA